AUGUCUGCAGCAGAGUCCGAGGCCAUCAAGUCGGCCAACUAUGUGGACAAUUAUCUGAACUCGGUGGAGCAUCUGCCGGACGAUGUGCAGCAGCAGCUUUCGCGCAUACGCGAGCUUGAUGUACAGUACAAAGGCGUGAUACGCGAUAUGAAUCACUAUCACGAUCUCUAUAUGUCGCAGUUGAGCUCGGUGAGCUCUAAGACCAGAUGCUAUGCACGCAUGCAGCAGGGUCUAAUACAAGCUCAGCAGCUGGGCGAUAAAAAGAUCGAGAUUGUGAAUCGUCUGCACAGCAUAAUCGGUGCCAAGGUGCAUCAACUAGAUGCGGCUGAGCAGCAACUUGACUUGGACACAGCACAGAGUGCCAUGCGUGCUGAUGAAGACAAAGGUGGCGGCAGCAGUGUAGCUGCUCUAGUGGAAAAUGAGCAGCCAGAAAGUGCAGCUUCCUCGCUUGUGGGGGCUUCAAGCUCAUUGGGCAAUGCUGCAAGCAUUGCGAGUCAAAAUAGAAUCGAAAUCUUCGAUAUUGAAUUGAAUACUGCCAAAGCAGAAUGCAAAGGAAAUGAAAGCGAGCUCAAUACCGCUUUGGUCGCCAGUCAGCGGCGCUAUGCGAAUGAAACGAUGAAUGUUAACUCCGAAGAAAUCAGCGCUAAUGCUUUGAAUACUGCCAAAGAAAUUGGCAAUGGCAACGAAAGCGGCCUCAGGCGCUCGCAACGGUGCUUUGCGAGCCAAAUAAAUUAUGCGCAGCUAAUGGAAAACGGCGUUGGCAAUGGGAAUGGAAACUCUUUGCUUAGCGAUGGCCUCGCCGCUGAAUUCGGCAGCAAGAGCUCGCAGGUGCUCCUUGCGAGCCAAAAGAAAAAUCAAAACCUAGUGCAAAUCGUCGAUAAUGCAGCCAACGAAGUUGUCAAGGGGAAUGAAAGCGAGCGCAAGAAUUCUGUGGCGAGUUCGAUGGCACAAGAAGCUACCAGCGGCGCUUUGCGAGCGCAAUAA